AUGACAAGAAGAAAUGAUCGCUCUACUAGCUUCCAUGGUAGGGCUGAUGGCCCAGGAUGUACGCGAGCUCCGACGACUCAACAAGCAAGAGAAGGCCCGCAAGAAGGAGGCCAAGGCCAGACGUCCAGCUCGCAAGAACCGCCACAGUCUGUCCGACAGCGUGACUCUGGUGGACAGCAACCAGUCGAGAUCUUAAGCCACAAUGACAGCGACGGCAACAAUGAUAGCGACACAGCCCGCACAACCAACGAGACAGACGGAUGUCUUCCUGGACUUUCGUUGGGGAUGAUGGAGAGGUUGGCUGUUGAGGGGCGUAGACAGGCCAAACUUUUGGAACGGAAACAGCAACUGGAGGCCUCCAAGAAAAAGUUUGAGGCAAAAGUCGAAGCCGACAAGCGGAGGAAGGCUGAGCACGGCAGGUUGGCGAGAAUCCGUGAGGAAGAAAAGCUCCAGAAGCGUGUGGACGUGAGCAGGACCAGGGCGGAAGCCAGAAAGAAGAAACAGCAGCAACAGCUUCUCCGGCUUCAGAAGCGCAUGCAAGAAAAGUUGUACAAGGAGGAACAGGCGGAGGAAAUCAAAUUCAAGAAGCUUGAGGAUAUGCGGGUGAAACAGGAGAAGGCCAAAAUUGCCAAGAGAGAAGCCUGGGCAAGGAAACGGCUAGCUCAAAACAUUGUGCAAACAUAUGAAAAGCCGUUGUUCAGAGGUCGACCUGGUACGCUUAACCACGAAAAGCUGCAUAAUCUGGAGCAGCACAGGAACCGGGCCAGAAGACCACCACCUUUUGACCCCGAUGAAGAGGCAGAGAUCUAUAAAUCUGUGCGCAGGUACAUUACUCCAAACAUUAAGCAACCAGGAGGGUAUGUCACUCUCACUCCUACUGUCUUGGAGAGGGCUACACAGCUAUUAACCAAUCAGAACCUCAGGCAGGUGGUUGCGUCUCCUCGACGGGUUAUCGACAAGGCAGGUGAAAUUGUUAGUCGGUCUUACAACAACACCAACUUCUUCAUCAACCGUUUGCACGAAAAGCGAAUGGACGAGGAUAUGGCCGAUUGGCUUACUCUGAAACGCCAGGCCGAGAAACCGGGUCCUUUCACACCAAACGUAUACUCGUGUGUCAACGGCCAGUAUUCCUACGACGAUCCCCCAAGCAAGUGGGUCCCUUACGCUGCUGAUGACUUCUUUGCCGAUCUUCAGGAAAAGUCACCUCGGUACUUUGAGGAAGACGGAUCUAUGGCGCGUGUUUAUGAGACUCCUCCUUUUCCCGAGCCUGGACCUGCCGACGCACUCCCUCAAAACCAACUUUUGGAGCAGCUGCAUAGAUACGUUUCCGGAUACGCUCACAGAAACUACCCGCUGCUCAUGGGUCGCAUGGACGAGUCUGCUCUGCUGGGUAUGGGUGUUGUUGUUGAGGAAAAGAUCAAGUCGAUGCUGGGCAAGAAUGGAGACCUGUUCUAUGCUGUCAAGGAGGGAACUGACAAAGUAUGA